AUGCUAAAGUAUGUCAACAUGAUGGCGACCAACCUCACUCUGCAGAACAUCAACAAGAACCUUUGGGGCCCAAUGCGCUUCGAGGAUCUGCAGAUGAACCAUUGCUCAAAGAAGACCGCGGGUGGCAACAACUCCGCUCUGGGCAUCAGAAGCGCGAACCUAUAUGGACAACAAGCUGCCCGAGCUCGAGCAAUGAGGCGCCAUCGUUGUGACCUUUUGGAAGUUUAUGGUGGUUUUGCCAACAUCUCCAUUGAGGGGAUCAAGCAGGGUUUGAAAGUGGCGCAGCCCAUUGACAAGGUGCACGGUGUGGCCAUCGAGACCAGGGCUGAUCAUGAGCAACUUCGACAGCUCUUGCGGCGACACCGGCCCUUUUUGACGGUGUGGGAGAUCAGGUGCGACCCUUGGUCACACAUCCAACACCUGAACUACACGGCCGAGCAACUUGAAGAGCUGCGCCGCCAACAUUUGCUUGACUUGGAGGAGAUGGCCAAAACCAUUUGUGAGCUCUAUGAAUUGGGAUGCCAUUUUCUUUUGGAAAACCCCUGGGGCACAGAGUUCUGGAAGCAGUUGGCACUACAACGCAUUCUUCGUCUUCCUGGUGUGGAGCUGAAGCGUGGGUCGAUGUGCAACUUUGGCCUCAGAGGGCAUGAUGGCUAUCUCCUGAAGAAGGACACGGGAUGGUGCAGCGAUCUCCCGAUGGUGUUAGCUGCAGUGGCCGUACCAUGUCCUGGUCUACAUGAACAUGAAGAAUGUUUGGGCACCAACGCCAAGAGAGCUCAGGUCUACACGAAGAAGCUUGCCAGAGCUGUUGUGGGUGCCCUACUUCAAGAACUACAACUUCGUGGUGAUGAACGCUUUUGCAAGCACGUUGAGAACCUGAAGCCUGAAGAGGUCAAGGUGAAAAAGCCAGACGCAGACAAGGUGAUUUUGGAUGCUGCUGGACAACCUCAAGGCCAACUUGCCUUGGACGAGGGAGAUGAUCUACUUCCUCUUCUUGCUGCACCAGCACAGAAUGUUCCAGCUCAGCCCGUUGCGCCUGAACUGGCGAUUGUGCCAAAAGCCUUGCCAGCUACUCCUUUGACAGCACCACUGACGCCAAGAACAAGGAGACAGAAGCAGCUGGCUGAUCAACCAGCAAGUUCAGCUGGAUCCAAGCUUGCCAAGAAGGACAUUGUUCUUCCAGUGCCAGAUCAACAACCACCGGUUUUGUCAACAGACAUUGCAGCAGGCUGGUUUCUUGACCCCGAUGGGCGUCCAACAUGUGUCACUGAGAAGGCCACGACCAUCCCAACUCCAGAUCCUCAACAUUGUGAUCCAAAUCAGUUUCAAUAUCGAACUACUUGGUCUUAUCACGGCGACCAAUGGAAGAAGUUGGAGGAUCGUGUCCAAUGGAGCCAAGCCCCUGUUGCUGAUGUUUCAAUUCAAGGUGUGCCAGUGGAACGUUUGGUUACCACUUUUUCACCUGAUCAAACUGUUGGACGAAGGCCAUCAAUACAAUCAACUGUGGAGACCCAUCGCGGUGUGAAGAGGAGUGCAGAACAGUCUGAAUUGCCUGCACGGCCUGAACGAGAUCCUACCUCGACUGAAGUUGCUGAACAUGCUGCUGCAGAACAAGCUCCACCACCAGUGCCAGCCGAGACGGCAGAUGCCCUGGCGACCUACUGCAGCGAAUGUGGCAGCUCAGAUCAACAACAUGAUCUGCUUUUUGCACAGUGCUCCCGCUGUUGUGCACACUCCUUCGUCGCCGAUCCUCGCCAAGUGACGAAUUGGUUUGAUGAAGUUGAGGAACGACAAGCCUUUGAGCAGUUGCAAGAUGAGAUGACCUACAGCACUAGACUGAAACACUGGUCUAGUCUUCCUCGAGCUGACCUACAAGAAGUUCUUCUUCCUGCCCCUGAUGCCAUGGAUGAGGCCUAUGAGAGCGAAGCUUUUCUGCUGGACAUUGGGCAGUGCUUCCGACACCUGCCUGAGGAUGCAAAGGAUGAUGCGACCUUAGUGUGGAGUGUAGCCAUCCAGGACGAGAAUGCGGAAUGGCAGUGGCAGGAGAUUUUUCAGAACAUCAACGUUGCCUCAGACACUUUUGAAGAGACCAUGCGGUCCAUGCCUGAUGAGCGGUGCAAGGCCCUUUUCAUCAAGCACCAGAGAAAAAGCCGCCGACCACUACGGCGAAAGGUUUUCUUUGUGAAGGUCAAGAUUCCCAGAAAAGAACGACACUGGCUUCGGCGUCAUGGCCGACACAAUGUGAUGACAACUGGCUGGGAUGGAUCUCCGCCUGAGCUUCAACCUCUCUUCCAGUAUGAGGACUUUUCCAAGGUCUACCACAGCUUCAUCACUGACCUUGCGGACAAGAAGACCGCUACGGUGAAUGCCGAGGUGAUCAAGGAUGUCGAGCAGUUCAUCCAAGCUGGCAGACCCACUUGGGAACGGACCUCAUGGCAAAAAGCUGAAGAGCCUGACACCUUCAGCGUGCACUUUGCCGAGAACCAAACCAUCACAGGCCCUGAGUCCAGUGAUGAAGAUGAAGAAACUGAUGAUGUUGGAAGAGCAGCCAAACAGGCAUUGAAGAAAGAAACGCCCUGGCGAACUAUCAGCAAUGAAGAUCGCCCCAAGUUCAUCCAAGCCAAUCAGGAUGAGUGGAGCGAGUGGCUGAAAUGGUCAAGCUGCAAAGCUGAAGUCCAGGAUCUGCUACCGCUGGAAGCCCAAAGAUGGAGAUGGGUGCCAACGGAGCAGCAAAAGGCAGAUGCCUUGACGAAGAGAAGCCCGGCGUUGAGAGAUGCCUUCAGAAGGUGGGCACAAGACCCGGUAGUGGCAUUGACUGAUGCCAAGAGUGCUGAGGAGGGAUUCACGCGUGUAGGAAAAGAGCUGAGCACCGUGCAUGGACAUGGCACUUUGAUCCAGAAAAGACGCAAAUCCAAGAACCGAGCCAUAGAUGCCCAAGCGAGGUACACCUAUGGAGCUCCAGCUGUGGCAGAUCCACCCUUGCAGGACGACGAGCCAACUGGAAGUGGCAAACUGAAUGUCCGUGAUGUUUCCCCCUUCCAAACGGAGAUCAUCGUGACGAACCACAUGCAGACGCCUGUGGUGAUCAUUGAGGCCAAACAACAUGGGAACGCCUCGCCCAUCGGUGGAAUCCCACAUUCUGUGCCUCCCGGAGAGCACGCCAUCAUGUCGGGCUAUUUGAAGGAACCCCGGGCCACACUCUUCAUCCGCACCGGCUUGCACGAGGCCAAGACAGUCCUGGUGCCCAACUUAGGCCGCAUCAGCAUUUUAGCGGCACCGCAUGGCUUGAAGGUGGAGACCGUAGAUGAAAAGGUGUCGAUUGAAGACUAUGAAGGAGAUGCGGCAGUCAUCAAGGGCGCAGACACCAUCCCCAUGCUGUUGCACAAUGAGCACUUCAAGGAUGUGUCGCCCAGUCCCAGCAAGAGCCGUACUGUUGCGCAAUGA